AUGAAGUCUAUUGUCGCUGCCAUUGCCGCUUUGGCCUUUACCGUUGUCUCCGCUCAGGGACAAGUAGGCAUUGUUUCGGUCACUUCCCCCACAUCUGGUACCGUUUUCAAGGCUGGUGAGGAUGCUCGUAUCAGCUGGAUCAAUGCCAAUGUGGAUACCAUCUCCCAAAUUGAACUUGCCAACGGUGACCCAUCCAAUCUUAACCACCUUAAUGUGAUUGCCACUGAUGUCGAUGCUGAUUCUGGCGAGUACACUUGGUCUGUUCCUUCCGAUAUCCAACCUGGCACUGAUUAUGCUUUGAUCUUUGGUGAUGGUGCUGAUGUUGCUUAUAGCCCUCAAUUCACCAUUGAAGGUGGCAAUGGCACUUCCCCGACAUCAUCCGCUGCUGAAUCUGGUGCAAGCAGCUCUGCAGCAGCUAGCAGCACAGCUGCUGAAUCCUCUGCCGCUUCUUCAUCGGCUGUUGCCUCAAGCACCUCGGAAGCCGCGUCAUCCUCUGCUGCUUCAAGCUCCUCAGCUGCUUCUUCAGGUGCCAGCUCCUCACAAUCAGCUAGUGAAUCCGCCUCCUCUUCCGCUGGUGAUGCUGAACAAACCGAUGAAAGUGCUGCUAUCAAGUCGCAACCUGCUGCUAUGGCUGCUCUUGUUGUUGCCGGUGCUGCUGCCAUUGCCAUGGUCUAA